ACCUUGAUUUUGCCAUUUUAUAUAAGGGACUCCAUUUUCCUAUGCCAUUGUCUAUAAUGGGACUUGAGCACUUUAUUUUAAAUGAGUCCUCUGUUGAGGAUGCAGGAAGUCUGCGUCCACGCUGGGUGGAAAAGAGGAGGUUUAUCUGGCAGCCUACUUGCUUUAUAUGCUGGUCACCGAAGUGGGGCACAGUACUCCAUCCCUAUAACAUGUUUACCUGCUUACAUGGAAUUUUGUGGGUUGCUUGCAUGUAAUUCUGCUAUGGCAGCCAGGACAAGGCUUGACUAGAGGGCAGCACAGACUCUGAGUUGGCCAGCUGUGCCACUUGGCCAACCAUGCUGAUUCCUGAGAACCAGGCUGGCCAUGGCUGAAGGAGAGUGGGUGAUCCCAGAAUUGAUUGGCCAUACUCUUGUCACAGUAUUAAUGCUUAUUUCGCUGCACUGGUUCAUCUUCCUCCUCAAUUUACCUGUAGCGACCUGGAAUAUCUAUAGGUACAUUAUGGUUCCGAGUGGAAACAUGGGAGUAUUUGAUCCCACAGAGAUCCAUAACCGAGGGCAGCUAAAAUCACACAUGAAGGAAGCCAUGAUUAAACUUGGCUUUCACCUUCUUUGUUUUUUCGUGUACCUUUAUAGUAUGAUCCUGGCUUUGAUAAAUGACUGAAGUCAAAUUGGAGCUGUUAAUGGUUGCCAAAUUCUGAAUUAUCACUCCACUGAAAAUGUUUUGGAACCAGGAGCAACAUUCAAGUAAACCUAGACCGGUGUCGUCAUGCAGUAUAUUUUUUCCUCUUUGAACAAAAACUAUUUUUGCUGUAUUUUUUAACAUAAAAUAUUUAAAAAACAUGA